UGAACAGGUGUUUGAGCUUGGGCUUCCUAACCAGACCACUGGGAGAUCUGGUAGAGUCACCCUGCUCAGUUUUACUCUGCUCAGUUGCCAACAGUCCCGACAAGACAACACCGGAGCAGCAGAGACCAACUCUUCGUGGCAGCCAAGCUGACCACGGCAGGACAUUCACGGUGUUCUGGACGGGAAACUGAACAUGACGGAGUGAUUUCUCAUGGCUUUUUUGAAAGACAAUUGGUACAGUGUGAUCUCACAGAAGCAUGAAGAAUCAACUGGAAGUGACAGUCAUCCUCAGAGAGCCCAGAAGUCAUCUUCAGGUCAUGCUAGGAUAGGCAGGGCGGUCCUGGGUGGAGAACUAACCAUCAACACUCUGCCAGACAACAUGACACGUGUAGUGGAGGACUCUGGCAAGUAUUAUACAUGGCGUAGCUUUGGCCCAGAAGACCAGCGCUCACAGGCAUUAUGGGUAGACAUGAGUGACGUCCGGCAAGGCCAAGUUAGAGUCCAUGGCAUUCUGUCAAAUUCAUACAAACAGGCUGUGAGGGUCGCCCUGUCGUUUGACUUUCCUUUUUACGGACAUUACCUAAGGCAGAUUACCAUAGCAACAGGAGGGUUUAUCUUCACAGGGGACAUUACUCACCGUAUGCUGACCGCAACACAGUACAUCGCCCCUCUAAUGGCUAAUUUUGACCCCAGCUACUCCAAAGAUUCCACCGUGCAAUACCUGGAUAAUGGCGAGGUGUUUGUGGUCCAGUGGGAGCAGGUCAGACUCCCAGGAAAAGAGUCAGAAGGAGCCUUUACAUUUCAGGCUGCUCUUUACAAAACAGGAUCCAUCACGUUCAGCUACCGAGAUAUACCUCUGUCACUAGAUGUGAUCAGUUCAGCUGAGCAUCCAGUAAAGGUCGGUUUGUCUGACGCCUUCAUGGUCACGUCACCUUCUCGUCAAUCACCAGAUACCCAACGGCGGACGAUUUAUGAGUAUCAUCGGGUUCAGAUAGACAAUACAAAGAUCACCAAAUACUCUGCUGUUGAGUUCACUGCACUGCCUACCUGCCUGCAACAUGACAGCUGUGAGCUCUGCCUCUCAUCCAUCCAAACCUCUGGGUGCAGCUGGUGCAAUGUACUCCAGAGGUGUUCAGAUGGCAUGGAUAGACACAGACAAGAAUGGCUGGACUAUGGCUGUUUAGAAGAGAGCAAAGAUGCAACCUGUGAGGAUUACUCCAGGGCCGACAGCUCUACUGGAUCCUCUAUGACACAGGAUGUGACCUCUUUGACUCCUCUACAAAAAGGCUGUGAAAGUGACGAUGAGAACAAAGAUCACAUAUUUAACACUGGCAAUGAUGUGAAGACAGAUUCUUCAACCAAGAGUGACAGGUUGGCUAACACAGGACUGAUAGCUGGUAUAGCAGCUACGCUGGUGUUACUUUUGGCUCUGGUACUUGUAGCUCUUUACAUCAACUACCAUCCUACUGCUACAUCACCACUUUACCUCAUCCAGCGUCGCAAGAAUUACUGGCCUUCCUUGAAGUUUCAGAAGCAACAAUCUGGUUACACAGAAGUGGAAGGGGAAGGUCAUGAAAAAGACAGCAUUGUUGAAGCAGGGCCACGUUGAAGUGGAUGGAAACUUAUAUAAACAAGAUGUUUGCAUUGAAGUAAUUUCUGAUUUUUACACACAUUCAAGCAUGUCCAUUUGUGAAAACAUACAUUCCAAAGCCAAUUCACCUUUUAUAUUCAGUUUAUGAUUGCUUUUUUAAGACGUUCAUGACUCCAUUUUAAAAAGAUUAAAUUGUUGUAACAGUUAGGGUAGAUGCUGUUGAAUGGUUUCAUUAGAAAUGUAUAUAUCUGCAGGAAUAAAUGGUGGUUGAAUUCCACCCGAAAACAUUCUUGACUACAAUAAACCUUGCUGUUUUACAUCAAACAAAUAAAGAUGUGGGUGUGCUUCA